ACUAUGCUCGCACUGGAACUGAAUAUAUACAUGAAUGACAAUGACAGGGAUCCCAGCUCUCAAAGUUCUCCCCAUGGAUAGUCUAUUUAUUUUCAGAUUUUGAGUACAAAGCCAAUACUCUUGUUCAUCACCAUUUGUUUUGCAUACUAGAAUACAAGGAGAGAUGCUGUGAAAUUUAUCACGGGCGCCAUGGAGACCGGAACGAAAAUGUUUGCCUCGUGGUGUGGAAAGGAAGGCGAGGCUAUGAGGAGAGGGCCCAGCGAUGACUGAUGUGGAGCCUGUUGUCACCGAUUUCGCAGCGACAGGGAGGACCGGGCGGCGAAACGCCCUUCCCGAUAUCCUAGGGUCCACCGCUGGGGCCGGCACCGCCGACCUUCCGGACAAGCUGGCCCAGCUGUCCGUCAGUGCAGAUGACAGCGAGCAGGGUGCAGAGGGGUCAGCGGCGGAAGCUUCCGGAAGCUCAGACGACAAGGAGAAGGCGGAGGGAACGUAAUGGCCUGAGGGCGCCCGGCGAGCUAAGCCUGUGACCCCACCCGAAAAAACAAGAGACCCAUGGGCCUCCUCCUCACCACCACCACCCCCCCCCCCACUUCCCCCCUCCCCCCAUAAAUCUCAUUGACCAGACAACUGUAACCUACACGUGCAGUGCUAUGCAACAUCGCCAACAGCUGCAGCUGAAUCCAGGCUCCGGACAACGGGAGGCUGUUGUUUUCGCUUGUUGCAGUCAAGCUGCGGGAUGUCAGUCAACACACAGUCGAUAAAACACCUGGAUAGACGUAACUCGGAGAUGGCUUCGAUCCGUCUUUCCGCCCGUUACCGCGUGCCGCAAACCAACCGAGAGACCAGUGCCAGAGUAGCGCCAUGCGUGGAAGUGUGCAGCGUUCUUUCUGUAGGUGAGAGAGGGGAGUUCUCCCAUGUGACAGGUGUAGCAUUCCCCCAUUUGACAGGUGUUGCAAGAAAAAGCGUUUUCGCCGAAUGUCGACUCGUAGUUGCAGCAAUGUCUAUUUUUGCACAACAAAGGUAUAAACAUUCCUUUUGGUGACGUGAAUACAGUUUUUAUCUUAUACUCGUGGUUAAUCUGUGUGCUUCAAUAAGACCUCUACCUUGUGUGUUUUAUACUGUCAAAUAUCCAUAAUUAAUUAUUAUUACUGACAGAAAGUUGUUUAAAGUAUAUGGUAGUUUUUUCCCCCCCCAGUACUUGUUAAAGUGUUUACAUUCUGUUUGCAACUAAAGGCAUCACUUUAGUGCCCAUCAACUCUUAUAAAGGUUACGCUCCAUGUGCUGCAGUGUUGUCAAUACUUGUCAGAUCUAACUGUGUGAAACAGUCCGUGACUAUUGGGUCAGCUGUAGUUUGUUGUCAUCGUACAAGAAGAAACGAUAAAGGACCAUCCAAUUUCGAAGUUCCUCAAUGGACCGUGGACCAUAUUAUGGUUAUGAACAACCAUUAGACGAGUAGGAUGGAACAGAUUUUCUGGAUUCAGUGUAUUUAUUUUUUUAUUUGUUGAAUCUAAUUACUUUUUACAGUGUGUUGCAAUAACAAACCUACAGAUUUUCCUCUGGUUGUUAACUUGGCCAUGCUGUUACUAGAAUGAUAUUGUCUGUUGUAAGUUACACAUGAAAUACCAGGUGUAAAAAAUAAAUCCUGUACUUAGUUUUCUUUAA